AUGCUGAAGUCGGCCAAGAGUGUGGUGAGUGCAGUCGGUGCGUACAAGCAGCUACACAACAUGCCGCUCAACGGAAUAGCUUCGGCUUCCCAUACCAUCACCAAUCUGAAGCGGUGGUCAGUCGCUGGAAAGGAGCUUCCUGCUGUGUCGCAAAUCAAGACAAUUCAUGUGUACGACUUUGACAAUACCUUAUUCAGCAGUCCCUUACCGAAUCCACAGCUAUGGAACGGGUCGACAAUUGGCUAUCUUCAGACUUACGAGGGCUUUGCCAAUGGCGGCUGGUGGCACGACCAAAACAUUUUGUCGGCAACUGGAGAAGGGGCCGAUAUUGAAGAGACUCGCGCAUGGGCUGGGUGGUGGAAUGAGCAGGUGGUUCAACUGGUCGAAUUGAGCAUGAAACAAAAAGACGCUAUAACUGUCCUCCUGACCGGACGCGGUGAAGACAAUUUUACGGAGAUCAUCAAGCGCAUUAUUGCAAGUCGAAAGCUUGAAUUCGACCUGGUCUGUCUCAAACCAGAAGUUGGGCCUAACGGUCAACAUUUCGCGUCGACUAUUAGAUUCAAGGAGUCAUUUCUCGAGUCUCUCAUAAGCACAUAUCAUCAGGCAGAUGAGAUCCGAGUCUACGAGGACCGAAUCAAACACGUCAAAGGUUUCCGUGAGUUCUUCGCAAAAGUGAAUGACCGAUAUUCUCAAUUACAAGGUGAUCGGAAACCAAUCACUGCAGAAGUCAUUCAUAUCGCAGAAGGCACGGUUCAUCUUGAUCCAGUCACGGAAGUUGCCGAAGUGCAAAAGAUGAUCAACGAGCACAAUAAACGAUACCACGAUUCAGCAGCCAAUUACACAAAAUCGCCAUACGGAAGGCUGAAGAUCAAGCGAUCCGUUCUCUAUACAGGCUACCUCAUCAGCGAGAAAAAUGUAAAUCGCCUAGUAUCGGAGCUUUUACAACCGGCUUUGCCCGUUGGUAUAGCAGAAGGCAAUGAAGUGAAGCCGCUGGCUAACAUUAUAAUGAUUACUCCACGACCGGCACCGAAAGCGAUUCUCCGAAAGGCUGGUGGUUUGGGAAAGAAUAUUAGCUGGCGUGUGUCGGGCGUUGGUCAUUGGGAUCACAAAGUAUGGGCAGCGCGAGUUGAGCCAGUAUCUGAGAAUGAGACUUACUACACUGAAUCGUCUGUUCCCGUGGUUGUACUUGGACUCCGGCGAGGUGCACGACCAGUUGAUGCAAACCGAAUUCAAAAGUGGCAACCCGUGGAUUCAGACAUCGUGUUUGAUGCUGUUGUUGGAGAAAGAGCUCUUUUGCGGGUCGAUGAGGACAGCUCAGUGGGCAGUGAUUGGGGAAAUCAUCAUGGCAACAAAAAUAACAAGAGACGUCAUCCGAGUGAUCGCCAAGAUGAAGAUACGCCAGCAUCGACGAGGAGUACUCACGAUUCCAAUCCUUAUCAGGCACUCGGUGAAAACGGCACGACUAUACGUGCUCAUCAUGGCGGUCGCAAUUAUGAUUCUAGUUCUCGGGGCCGCGGUCGAGGACGAGGCUCUGGUUCCGGUAGAGGAAGGGGGGCGUCUUCGCGCGGUGGUGGUCGUGGUCGUGGCCGGGGCGGCGACAGUAGUCGUGGGUAUCAUGGCUAUAGGUCGCUUGACGAGCAUCAGAUGAAUUCGGAUAAUGGCAACUAUCACAACAACCACGACUCUAAUGGCGGCGUCCAGAUGAUGGAUUAUUGA